UCGGGACUUAGUGCAAUAGUUAUCAGCACACAUAUUUAGAAAAAAGCGCCAUGGGUUAUAAUAUAUAGAGAAUCGGUGGAAAAAAGUACUUAACACACGCAGCGCGUCGUUUAGCGAGGUUAACAGAGGAUUGAGCACCCAGAUUCUCGGAUCGAGAUCCCCAAUCGAAAGCGACAGGCCCGCAGAACUCGAAACGAAACUGCGACUGUUUUUGCGAAGUGACACGUGUGUGAAUCUCAUUUGGCCAGGGCUACUGAACGAAGAGGAUAACGAAUCAAGAUGGAAGACGGUCACUCGAAAACCGUCGAACAGUCCCUUAACUUCUUCGGAACGGACGCAGAGCGCGGCUUAACCCUCGACCAGAUCAAGACGAACCAGAAGAAAUAUGGACCCAACGAGUUGCCGACCGAGGAAGGAAAGAGCAUCUGGCAGCUGGUCUUGGAGCAGUUCGACGAUCUGCUGGUGAAGAUUCUGCUGUUGGCAGCCAUCAUCUCAUUUGUUCUCGCCCUGUUUGAGGAACACGAGGAAACGUUCACUGCAUUUGUAGAGCCCCUAGUUAUUUUACUCAUCCUGAUAGCCAACGCCGUGGUGGGAGUAUGGCAGGAGCGCAACGCCGAGUCGGCCAUCGAGGCCCUCAAGGAGUACGAGCCCGAGAUGGGCAAGGUGGUGCGCCAGGACAAGUCCGGCAUCCAGAAGGUGCGCGCGAAAGAGAUCGUGCCCGGCGAUCUGGUUGAGGUGUCCGUCGGCGACAAGAUCCCCGCCGAUAUCCGCAUCACCCACAUCUACUCGACCACCCUCAGGAUCGAUCAGUCCAUCCUCACCGGCGAGUCGGUCUCCGUGAUCAAGCACACCGACGCCAUCCCCGAUCCCCGCGCCGUCAACCAGGACAAGAAGAACAUCCUCUUCUCCGGCACCAACGUGGCCGCCGGCAAGGCUCGCGGCGUCGUCAUCGGCACUGGCCUGAGCACCGCCAUCGGCAAGAUCCGUACCGAGAUGUCCGAGACCGAGGAGAUCAAGACGCCCCUGCAGCAGAAGCUCGACGAGUUCGGCGAGCAGCUGUCCAAGGUCAUCUCCGUCAUUUGCGUGGCCGUCUGGGCCAUCAACAUUGGCCACUUCAACGACCCCGCCCACGGUGGCUCCUGGAUCAAGGGUGCCAUCUACUACUUCAAGAUCGCCGUCGCCCUGGCCGUCGCCGCCAUCCCCGAGGGUCUGCCCGCUGUGAUCACCACCUGUCUGGCUCUGGGCACCCGCCGCAUGGCCAAGAAGAACGCCAUCGUCCGCUCCCUGCCCUCCGUGGAGACCCUGGGCUGCACCUCGGUCAUCUGCUCCGACAAGACCGGCACACUGACCACCAACCAGAUGUCCGUCUCGCGCAUGUUCAUCUUCGACAAGGUCGAGGGCAACGACAGCAGCUUCUUGGAGUUCGAGCUGACCGGCUCCACCUACGAGCCCAUCGGCGAGACCUUCCUGGGCGGCCAGCGCGUCAAGGCCGCCGACUACGACACCCUGCAGGAGCUGUCCACCAUCUGCAUCAUGUGCAACGACUCGGCCAUCGAUUACAAUGAGUUCAAGCAGGCCUUCGAGAAGGUCGGCGAGGCCACCGAGACCGCCCUGAUUGUCCUGGCCGAGAAGCUGAACAGCUUCAGCGUCAACAAGUCCGGUUUGGACCGUCGCUCCGCUGCCAUCGCCUGCCGCGGCGAGAUCGAGACCAAGUGGAAGAAGGAGUUCACCCUGGAGUUCUCCCGCGAUCGCAAGUCCAUGUCCUCGUACUGCACCCCCCUGAAGGCCUCCCGCCUGGGCACCGGCCCCAAGCUGUUCGUGAAGGGCGCCCCCGAGGGUGUCCUCGAGCGCUGCACACACGCCCGCGUCGGCACCUCCAAGGUUCCCCUGACCUCGGCCCUGAAGGCCAAGAUCCUCGCCCUGACCGGCCAGUACGGCACUGGACGCGACACCCUGCGCUGCCUGGCCCUGGCCGUUGCCGAUAGCCCCAUGAAGCCCGACGAGAUGGAUCUCGGCGACUCCACCAAGUUCUACCAGUACGAGGUCAACCUAACCUUCGUCGGUGUCGUCGGCAUGCUGGAUCCCCCACGUAAGGAAGUUUUCGAUUCCAUUGUGCGCUGCCGUGCCGCCGGUAUUCGCGUUAUUGUGAUCACCGGCGACAACAAGGCCACUGCCGAGGCCAUCUGCCGCAGGAUCGGUGUGUUCACCGAGGACGAGGACACCACUGGCAAGUCCUACUCCGGUCGCGAAUUCGACGACCUCUCCCCCACCGAACAGAAGGCUGCCGUCGCCCGUUCCCGCCUCUUCUCGCGCGUGGAGCCCCAGCACAAGUCCAAGAUUGUCGAGUUCCUGCAGGGCAUGAACGAGAUCUCCGCCAUGACUGGUGAUGGUGUGAACGACGCCCCCGCUUUGAAGAAGGCCGAGAUCGGUAUUGCCAUGGGCUCCGGUACCGCUGUCGCCAAGUCUGCCGCCGAAAUGGUCUUGGCCGACGACAACUUCUCCUCCAUCGUGUCCGCCGUUGAAGAAGGUCGCGCUAUUUACAACAACAUGAAGCAGUUCAUCCGCUACCUCAUCUCCUCGAACAUCGGUGAGGUCGUCUCCAUCUUCCUUACUGCUGCCCUCGGUCUUCCCGAGGCCCUGAUUCCCGUCCAGCUGCUCUGGGUCAACCUGGUUACUGAUGGUCUCCCAGCCACCGCUCUUGGCUUCAACCCCCCUGAUCUGGACAUCAUGGAGAAGCCCCCCAGGAAGGCCGAUGAGGGUCUCAUUUCCGGAUGGUUGUUCUUCCGUUACAUGGCUAUUGGAUUCUAUGUCGGCGCUGCCACCGUCGGUGCCGCCGCCUGGUGGUUCGUCUUCUCCGACGAGGGACCCAAACUGAGCUACUGGCAGCUGACCCACCAUCUGGCCUGCUUGGGCGGUGGUGACGAGUUCAAGGGCGUUGACUGCAAGAUCUUCAGCGACCCCCAUGCGAUGACCAUGGCUCUGUCCGUGCUGGUGACAAUCGAAAUGUUGAACGCAAUGAACAGCUUGUCUGAGAAUCAGUCGCUGAUUACCAUGCCUCCAUGGUGCAACCUGUGGCUGAUUGGAUCAAUGGCACUCUCCUUCACUCUUCACUUUGUUAUUCUUUACGUCGAUGUCCUCUCCACCGUCUUCCAAGUGACACCGUUGUCUGCUGAGGAAUGGAUAACUGUGAUGAAAUUCUCAAUUCCUGUAGUUUUAUUAGAUGAGACAUUGAAGUUUGUUGCUAGAAAAAUCGCAGAUGGUGAGAGUCCUAUAUAUAAGAUGCAUGGGAUUGUGUUAAUGUGGGCUGUCUUCUUUGGCCUGCUGUACGCUAUGAUGCUUUAAGAAUAUAAUUAUAAUCCAUAAGCCCAACUUCAUUAUUCUAAUUUCUAGUAUAAAAUGUUACUAAAUAUAAACAGAAACAAGAGAAACCCACAAUUAUAUACAUCUAACGUAACGACUUUAAUAACCCACAUGAAGUUUGUUCCCAAAUACUACUGAUACUGAUUUUCAAACCACCCCCGGUGUCACGGAAUUGACUGGUGACACCGAAAGAUGGGCCGACUGACUCGCUCCCUGGCUUUUGGCUUUGAACAAACAGCGUUAAAUGAUCAAUAUUUUCUAUGAGCUAACGAUUUGUCUAACACGCGUAUACCCUAAAUAUAUAUUUGUGUUUGUAUAUUAUUAAAUUUAGCAGGAUUGCUUUUUGUACAUACAAUGCUAUAUAUACAUAAGAGAGUUCCACACCGGUAUAUUCAAUUACAUUAGUUAGUUUUCGUCAUAUAAUUUUCACUGGGUUGCCAAAAAGAAAGUUUUAGGAAAUUUUGAAAUCUCUGGAAAUGAGAUGGCUGUUUGUAUUAAACCAAACUUACUUAACUUCACCAUUUCGUCUCUGUGUUUAGUAACUGAAAUACUAAAGUGUAGGCUUAAUCAUGCAGAAGAACAAAACAUUAUAACUGAUGAACGUUCAUGAACAAUUUUUGUUUAAUCCGUUUAAGUAGAACCAAAAACCUUUCCAAAUCGAAUCUGAUUGUAUGUUGAUGUUUAAAAAGAUUCCAAUCCUAAGCGUCCUAAUGUUUUUUAAGAGUAGUAUUUUGAACUUGGUUUGUCUAACGUAAUUGAAUUGCUUAUAUUUAUACAACCUACUCGCACCGAAUAAAAAUAUUGGUUCAUUCAUUCCAUAAUUGUAAGAAUUAUUUUGAGCACAAGAUAUUAAGUAAAUAAUGACUCGGUACACAGUUAACUCCCAAAAAUCUGGGCGCGGCAACAUCGCCUCGGUGUCCGUUUCCAUUUGUAUUGUAUUGUAUGUACAUAUAUGAGCAAAUGAUUAGGAACAGGGUCUCUGGCGAUCGUACAUAAUGCAUAUAGGCAUCAUCGCAUCUAUCUGAAAGAAGUUUGCGCGGUGCAGCAACCGUAUUGAAAAUGUUUGAGGGAUUUAUUGAAAGCAAAUUGUGUAAUUUAUGUCAGCCUCAGUUGUAAGGAAUUAAGUAAUCCUUCUAGCAUUUUUAUAGAAUACCUAUUUAAAUUAACAUUAUACAUAAUUUACUCUGUUAUACAAUUAGAGACGCUGUGAAUUGAUUAAACAAAAAUUACCUACACCUAACAUUAAAGAAAUAAAUUAUGCAGAACUAAAA